AGCGCGGUCUGGUGUGCAGAUGCUGGAAAAAAACUUCAACAGUUCCACGUGUGGGUGAAGAAAGCUGCUGUGGAGAUCCAAAAUUCCCUUCGCAUGGGAUUUGAUUUAUCUCUGACACUUGGACAACCUUGAAGAAGACAAUCGCUACACUACGGCGCGAGUUCUCCAAGAAACCAAGGGACAAGAAGGACAAGAAGAACUGAGCUCAACGCGACAGAAGAACUUAAAGUGACAGGUACUGGCAAGGGAAAUUAAGCAUGCGAGAAGAGGUCAAGUCCAUGGACGACCACUCAGAAGGUCAGGUGGUCUCCAGGGCAGAGAUUAAGGCGAGACAACCUUCCAACACCUGUCCGGUCGUUGUGGCAACACCUGGACUCAACGGGCGCAAGCGACACACAGGAAACCAAGAUCAUGUGACAGCCAUGACCGUAUCUGGUGAGGGCAAGCCAGGCCAAGACACUGUUCAGAUUUACACGCCAAAAAGAAUCAAGAGAAGUCCCCAGCACCGCUCACCUUCCUCUGGCCCAUCUCUCUCCCCCGUCCCUGGUCCCAGCCCUGGAGGUCUGGGGUCCCUGGAAGACUCACACACCCAAAGAGUCAUUGCCAACAUCCGCGAACGGCAACGGACACAAUCCUUGAACGAAGCUUUUGCCUCUCUGCGCAAAAUCAUCCCCACACUUCCAUCGGACAAACUAAGCAAGAUCCAGACUCUCAAGUUAGCAUCGCGUUACAUUGACUUUUUAUACCAAGUUCUUCAAAGUGACGAGAUGGACAGCAAACUAACUGGGUGCAACUACCUGGCUCACGAAAGACUUAGCUACGCCUUUUCGGUGUGGAGGAUGGAAGGGGCUUGGUCAUCCAUGUCAGCUGGACACUAGUGGUUAUUGUCAUGUUAUUGCUUCGCUGACUGGACAGUGUGGUUUUACAUGAUGGUUGUAACUAUUGAGACUUUUAGCACCAAAUAUGUGUUAUGUAAAAAGAAAUCUAUCUUUCGAUCUUAGCUGAAGUAAUUGUUAUGAACUUUGAGACCAUUUGGGCAAACUGACAUUACUUGAUCAACAUAUAGGAAACCCAGAGAUGCACAUUUUGAACAGAAAACUCAAACUUGGAAUAACCGAACCCCUGGCAAACCCCUAACUAUUCCAACUCUUUUUUCCAAGUUAUUUUAUGUAUCCCCGACCACCUCUGAACUCCAAAGACUGUGGAAAAAGCAUCCGUGGGCAGCAAACUCCACUCUCUUCUCUCCUUUUUUUUCUCGAAACCGAACCAAGCCCCUUUGUUUCUUGCAGUGCCAAAAAAACUCUCCUCUGCUGAAUUCUUUCCUCUCCUCCUGGCCUGAUUCUGCUAGGCUUGCACGAAACGCCGAUACAGCCCUGUACUCGGGCGCGCUGACGAGGAGGCGUAAUGAAAACAAACGGUUAAGAAAAGCCAUGAAUCACCGGUGUCACCAUCAAAGAGGAGGCUGAUGCGGCUCCCUGCUGUGCUCCCAUAAACCACUGGGAGCGAUGGAAGAGAUGCUAAAGUUACUGCGUCCUCACAAACAAAUGUGCUUCGAUUCUUCUGCUGUAAUGGACCGCUGCAAAUGGAACUAUUUAUGGACUUCAAAGGACUCUGACAAAUAGUUGCCCGCAUGUGGAAAGACGACAUGUUUGGCCCAGAACGAAGCCAAACCGACAUCCUGGGAGAAAAUACCGAAGUUCUGCGGAGGACUUUGAUAUAAAGUUUCAUUAUCAUCAAUGCUGUUGUGGCUGCACGGACUGGAGCGGCCAUUUUGUGCCAUUCAAAUAACUCGAAUAAAUAAAUAAAAAUAUAUAAAGUAUUUUAAUAGUCAUUCACUUGUGCUGUACAUUCUGUUCGCAGCAAAAAUGAAAAUCUAGCCAAGUUAAGAUUACUUGAGUUAAGAAAGUUUUGAUUAAAUUUCACUUGACAAGUAAAAUUAUCGACUAAUAGAACAAGAUGAUUUCUACUACAUCUUGCUACACUUAAGAUAAGAAGAACAACAACUAUUGCACUUAAAAUGAGAAAGAAAAUGAAGAAAAUGUUGCUUGAAUUAACAAAAAGCACACGUAUUCCUUUGGUAGAUCAUUUUACUUGUCAAGUUGAAUCGACUCAAAUAAAGAAAAAUGUUCUUUUAAGUCAUUUAACUUACGUAGAUAUUACUUUUUGCAGUGUUCUCUUCUAUUACCACAUCUACAUUUGAUUAACCAGUGGCACAGAAAUGAUUCACACACAAGACCUCAGGAUGUUUCAGGUUGGAGUCUGCAGACAGCUGUUUCUUUACACAUACAAAGUGAACAGAAAAGCCUGUGUCAGCAAAACAAAUGCUUGAAAAUGAUCUGUCGAAAUUGCUGGUCAUUAACUAAAUAAAAUAAAUAAAUAAAAUGCCAAAUAACUCAAUAAUGAUGAACGGUUUGGCCAAUAUAUUGAACCGACGUUUACCCUUUGUAACAUAUUGGUGCACAGUGUAACGUUUCUUGUGGAGGUCGGCUACCGCUUUGUCUCUACUUUGAUGUUUUUGUGUUUUUUGUCUGGAAUGUUGCACACUAUGGCAUUAAACUUUUAUAUUUUUUCAA